AUAAGUGACCAACACAAAAAAAAAAAAAAAAACCGAAUUGAAGUGGAAGUGGAAGCGUCGACAACUUUAGUUGUGCCACGGACAUUGACACGAUCAGUCGAAAAACAAGAAAAUAAAUAAAAGAGAGACAGAAAAAAGUGUCGAAAUGUUACUGUCCACCUCCUCUUUUAGUAAUCUAAUCGUUCUACUGAGCGUGUUGGGUCUUUUUUGCGGCUGGACGGAAUCUCGCAUGCAUCCCAAAGAUGUACACGAUCGAAAGCUAUUGACACUAUAUGGUCAUUCAAAAAAUGUGGAGCCACUACUUGGUCGUAGUCGUCCCACACCCGAAACGUAUCAGACUCUGCGCAGUGCCUUCUUUCGCUAUGAGGAGUCACGUUCGUUAGGUCACGAUCUGGAGCUAACUGAGCAAGAGAUAAAGGCAAAUGAGACCAUUAUGAAGGCCAAACUGUCCGAGUAUUCCGAGGGUCUGAUAACUCCCCAUCUUUUCAAGCCUUCGCAACAUAUUUUCGAUGUUUUGGAUGCCAUUAAGAAUACCGAACUCUUUCAGCUGCUUAAGCAGAUGCCCAAAGGCGCUGUCUUGCAUGCUCAUGACACGGCCUUAUGCAGCACGGAGUGUAUCAUCAAAUUGACCUACAAAGACGAUUUAUGGAUUUGCCGUCAAUCGAAUGAAUUGACGGCAAGUGCCUUGCGUUUUGCCAAAGAAAAACCUGCGGCACUUGAUGAAUCCGGUUGCGAUUGGACUCGAUUGUCUGCUGUGCGCGAGGAGUUCGGUAGCACUGAGGUCGAUGAGUAUCUGAAAGAGCGUCUCACCAUCUAUCCCAACAAAAAGUUUGAAGACAACAAUGCGGCCUGGGCAUAUUUUAUGAAUAUCUUUGCCCUACUCGAUGGUCUGGUUAUGUAUGCCCCCGUCUGGGCGGAAUACUAUUACAAUUCAUUGGAGGAAUUUUUGGAAGAUGGUGUACAGUAUUUGGAAUUCCGUACGGUUCUGCCAACGUUGUAUGAUCUGGAGGGUACACAGUUUACACAAUUGGAUACUGUACGCAUCUAUGUCGAAACCCUGGAGAAAUUCAAGGCUGACCAUCCCGAUUUCAUAGGCUCACGCAUGAUAUAUGCUCCACUACGUAAUACCGAUGCAGCUGGUGUUUCUAGCUAUGUCGAAACUCUCAAGGAAAUCAGAGAGAAAUAUCCCGAUUUUGUGGCCGGGUUCGAUUUGGUGGGGCAAGAGGAAUUGGGACGCCCUCUAAGAGAUUUCAUUGAUCAAUUACUGGAGAUACCCGAUGAUAUUGACUUCUAUUUCCAUGCCGGCGAAACAAAUUGGUUCGGCUCUUCGGUCGAUGAAAAUCUAAUUGAUGCCAUUCUCUUGGGCACUAAACGUAUUGGACAUGGCUUUGGGCUCACCAAGCAUCCCGUUGUUCUGGAUAUGGUUAAGAAACUAAAUGUGGGCAUUGAGGUCAAUCCGGUUUCGAAUCAAGUGCUACAAUUGAUAUCCGAUUUUCGUAAUCAUCCAUGUGCCCAUUACAUUGCCGAUGGCUAUCCCGUUGUAAUCUCAUCCGAUGAUCCAUCCUUUUGGAAAGCAACUCCGCUGACGCAUGACUACUACAUCACAUUCCUGGGUAUUGCCUCACAGCAUGCCGAUCUGCGUUUACUCAAGAAAUUGGCUCUGAAUUCUAUCCAAUAUAGCUCACUCUCAGCAGAUCAACAAUUUGAUGCCCUGGCCAAAUGGCAAAUCAAAUGGGAUGAUUUUAUUGCCACAGUUAAUAAUACGAAAAAUUCUGCAUCGCCCAGUCAGCACCUCGAUUGACUAGCACGGGUGGUGACAGUCCUGUUGAUUGCCUUCUCCUCCCUGAGUUUUGGCCAGCAGCUCUAGUCUGUACACUACUCCAAUACAAAUUCCAUCUCCGCCAAAAACCAAACACACACAUACACACAAACUCAUUAUCAAACACUUUUAAAAACCUAUCUAAUCCGUAUAUGCCAAAUGUGUUUUUUUUUUGUUUUUCUACCUUUUUGUAAGAUAAUUUCAUAUUUGUUAGUAUUUAGUUAGCCUUAAGCUUCUUUUUUGUCUAUUUGUCUCUGUCUCUCUAAUUCAGGACCAUUACUCUUACAUAUACCUCUUAAAGGACACAACAGCAGCUACUGCAGCAAUUGUAUACUAAAUGGAGCAACUAUCGUAAUAAACGGAAACUUGUGUUAGUCGUAGCCAUACAAAA